CUUGUGGCCCGGCGGCCGCCGCUCGCUCGCCCGCUCGCUCGCUCCCUCGCUCCCGCUUCGAAGCUCCGCUCGGCCCCGCGCCGGGACGCCCCGCCGCCAAGAUGCCGCGCAUCAUGAUCAAGGGGGGCGUGUGGAGGAACACGGAGGAUGAAAUUCUCAAAGCAGCGGUAAUGAAAUAUGGCAAGAACCAGUGGUCUCGGAUUGCCUCAUUGCUGCAUAGAAAAUCAGCAAAGCAGUGCAAAGCCAGAUGGUACGAGUGGCUGGAUCCUAGCAUUAAAAAAACAGAAUGGUCCAGAGAAGAGGAGGAAAAGCUCUUACACUUGGCCAAGUUGAUGCCAACUCAGUGGAGGACCAUUGCUCCAAUCAUCGGAAGAACAGCUGCUCAGUGCUUGGAACACUAUGAAUUUCUUCUGGAUAAGGCUGCCCAGAGAGACAAUGAAGAGGAAACAACAGAUGAUCCAAGAAAACUUAAACCUGGAGAAAUAGAUCCAAAUCCAGAAACAAAACCAGCACGGCCUGAUCCAAUUGACAUGGACGAGGAUGAACUUGAGAUGCUUUCUGAAGCUAGAGCCCGCCUGGCUAAUACUCAGGGAAAGAAGGCCAAGAGGAAAGCAAGAGAGAAACAGUUGGAAGAAGCCAGGCGUCUUGCUGCUCUCCAAAAGAGGCGAGAACUUCGAGCAGCUGGCAUAGAAAUUCAGAAGAAAAGAAAAAAGAAGAGAGGCGUUGAUUAUAAUGCUGAGAUUCCAUUUGAAAAAAAGCCUGCUCUUGGUUUCUAUGAUACUUCUGAGGAAAACUACCAGGCUCUUGAUGCAGAUUUCAGAAAAUUAAGACAGCAGGAUCUUGAUGGGGAACUAAGAUCUGAAAAAGAAGGAAGAGAUAGAAAAAAAGAUAAGCAACAUUUGAAAAGGAAAAAAGAAUCUGAUUUACCAUCAGCUAUUCUUCAAACUAGUGGUGUUUCUGAGUUCACUAAAAAGAGAAGCAAGUUAGUACUUCCUGCCCCUCAGAUUUCAGAUGCGGAACUCCAGGAAGUUGUAAAAGUAGGUCAAGCAAGUGAAAUUGCACGUCAGACUGCUGAGGAAUCUGGCAUAACGAACUCUGCUUCCAGUACCCUUUUGUCUGAGUACAAUGUCACCAACAACAGCAUUGCUCUUAGAACACCACGAACUCCAGCUUCCCAGGACAGAAUUCUGCAGGAAGCUCAAAACCUCAUGGCCCUGACCAAUGUGGAUACCCCAUUGAAAGGUGGACUUAACACCCCUUUGCACGAGAGUGACUUCUCAGGUGUGACACCACAGCGGCAAGUUGUACAGACUCCUAACACGGUUCUUUCCACCCCGUUCAGAACUCCUUCUCAAGGUUCUGAAGGGCUAACUCCUCGCAGUGGAACAACUCCCAAACCAGUUAUUAACUCCACCCCUGGAAGAACUCCUCUUAGAGACAAGUUAAACAUUAAUCCUGAGGAUGGAAUGGCAGACUACAGUGAUCCCUCUUACGUGAAGCAGAUGGAAAGAGAGUCUCGUGAACACCUGCGUUUGGGCUUGAUGGGCCUUCCUGCUCCCAAGAAUGACUUUGAAAUCGUUCUGCCAGAAAAUGCCGAGAAGGAGCUGGAAGAGCGUGAAGUAGAUGAUACUUACAUUGAAGAUGCUGCCGAUGUGGAUGCACGAAAGCAGGCCAUACGAGAAGCUGAGCGUGUAAAGGAAUUGAAAAGAAUGCACAAAGCGGUACAGAAAGAUCUGCCAAGACCCUCAGAAGUAAAUGAAACUAUUUUAAGACCCUUAAAUGUGGAACCACCUCUAACAGAUUUACAGAAGAGUGAAGAACUAAUCAAAAAGGAAAUGAUCACAAUGCUUCAUUAUGAUCUUCUACAUCAUCCUUACGAACCAUCUGGAAAUAAAAAAGGGAAAACAGUAGGAUUUGGUACCAAUAAUUCAGAGCACAUUGCCUAUCUGGAACAUAACCCUUACGAAAAGUUCUCUAAAGAAGAGCUGAAAAAGGCCCAGGACAUUCUGGUACAGGAGAUGGAAGUGGUCAAACAGGGAAUGAGCCAUGGAGAACUCUCCAGUGAAGCUUACAACCAGGUGUGGGAAGAAUGCUACAGUCAAGUGUUGUAUCUUCCCGGGCAGAGCCGCUACACUCGGGCCAAUCUAGCUAGCAAAAAGGACAGAAUCGAGUCGCUUGAAAAGAGACUUGAGAUAAAUAGGGGUCAUAUGACAACAGAAGCCAAAAGAGCUGCAAAGAUGGAAAAGAAGAUGAAAAUCUUGCUUGGGGGUUACCAGUCUCGUGCCAUGGGGCUCAUGAAACAGUUAAAUGACUUGUGGGACCAAAUUGAGCAGGCCUACUUGGAGUUACGCACUUUUGAAGAACUCAAGAAACAUGAAGAUUCUGCCAUCCCCCGGAGGCUAGAGUGUCUGAAAGAAGAUGUUCAGCGACAGCAGGACAGAGAAAAGGAACUUCAGCAUAGAUAUGCUGAUUUGCUGGUGGAAAAGGAAUCUUUGAAGUCCAAAUUCUGAAGCAUAAUUUAUAUCCAGUCCCAAGAUUGUUGUUUUUCAUACUCUGGGAGGUUGAAACUGAUGCUAUUCUUCAUUGACAAAUUUGCCCCACUCUCUGGUUUUUGGUUGUUUAUUUUAAAAGAUAGAGAUCUUACACAGUCUUUAUGUAUGAAACCUUUAACUCCACAGAACAUCUUAGGUUUUAAAUUAUUAAGACUAUGUUUUUUACCCCUAGUUUUGGCCUUUAAUUUUAAAAGCCUGAUUUUAAAGUGUGCCUGUGAGUAAACAAAUAAAAGCAAAAUAUAAAAAUUUGAGAA